AUGCGAGUAUUGGUGUGGAAUAGCAUGCGAGUGCAAAUUGAUGGUCGGCAACUACACCAUCUUCGUUUUGCUGAUGACAUCGUCCUUAUAAAACUAAAGUUUCGCCAAGCGGAACGAAUGCUGGCCGACUUUGAUAAAGCUUGUGGGAAGAUUGGUCUUCGACUAAAUCUCACAAAAACGAUGUUGGUGAUGAACGGAUUGCAGUCGUGUGCCCAAUUCACGCUCAACGGGACGAAUAUCUCCGAAUGCCUCAGUUAUGUCCAUCUAGGUCGGGAAAUCAAUAUGAUGGACGACUUAGCUGCAGAGAUGAGCAGAAGGGAACAAGCGGACUGGGGAGCUUUCAAUAGCAUCAACGAUAUAGCGAAGAAAACAAAGAACAUUCGACUUCUUGGCCACCUUUUAGACUCGACGGUAAUCCCUGUCUUAACUUGUGCCUCAGAAACCUGGUCGCUGCGUAGGCAGGAUGAAAGGUUCCUCAGUGUUGUUGAACGCGUAGUCGAAAGGACGAUGCUAGGAGUACUCCAAUUUGCACAGCUAAAAGAGGGGUUCCAAAGCUCCGACCUACAUCUUCGAUCAAGUAUCAAAAAUGUCAAACUUAUUAUUUACCGCCUACUCCUCUAA